UCUGUGUGGUCAUCGCUAAGAUUUGUAACAGACUCACACAUGCGCGGUGAGACUGCGCAUGCUCACUGUGCGCUCUUUGGUAAGUCAGGGAAUGUUUAGCUAGCUUGAGGAGUUUUCAGUUUCAAUAUCCUCGACCCUCGGGUGCCUGGUAUAGGCAAGGAGCCUUUUCUACUCAAUUCUUAAUUGUAAUUGAAAAUGUCCGUGUUCUCGGAGCCUGCUUUGGAGAAGAAAUUAUCAGAACUGAGUAACUCCCAGCAGAGUGUACAGACCCUUUCACUGUGGCUCAUCCACCACAGAAAACACUCCAAAACCAUCGUCAAAGUCUGGUAUAACGAGCUGAAGAAAGCCCAGCUGUCCCGUAAGCUGACUUUCCUGUAUCUUGCAAAUGAUGUCAUACAGAAUAGCAAGAGGAAAGGACCAGAGUUUACACAAGAUUUUUCCCCAGUUAUUGUUGAUGCUUUCAAACACGUGUCCGGUGGAGGAGACGAGAGCUGUCAGAAACAGUUAGGUAGAGUUCUGUCCAUCUGGCAGGAAAGAGCUGUCUAUGAGAAUGACAUACUGGACAAACUCUCUGAUGUCCUACAGGUUGAAAAGAAGGCCAAGAAAAGGCCUUAUGAGGAGAUUAAGGUGAACAAUGAUGACUUCACCUCCCAAAGCUCCCCUACUGAACCUCCACAGACUGCUGAUCUGAUCCGAGCACUACAGGAGCUUGAAAACGCAGCCUCCAGCGAUGCAGCUCUCCGUCAGAGGAUCUCUAGUCUACCCCCAGAGGUGCAGGACACCUCCCUAUUGCACAAAGUUACAGAUAAAGAGUCAGGGGGGCGUCUUUCUCGGUUGGUGGAAGAGGCCUGCAUGCUUCUAGCUGACUACAGUGGGCGGCUGGCAGCAGAGAUUGAUGAUCGGCGGCAACUCACACGCACUCUUGCCGUCUUUUUGCAGAGUCAGAAAGAUGGCCUGGCCCAGAACGAGCAGAAACUAGAAGAAUACAAGCGCAAACUGGCCCGGGUGUCCCAGGUACGGAAGGAGCUGCGGUCUCGUCUCAGCAGUCUCCCAGACCUCUCUCGGCUUCCUAAUAUUACAGGUGGCCAUGUCCGCCUGGCCUCCUCUGGCGAUCUUUACAGCCCCUCUGAUUGCUCCAGUAGUAGAAUGAAAGAUGGUAAGCACUGUCACGAUAAUAACAAUGCCCUGGAGGACCGAGAGCGGGAAAAAAAGCUGGCCAAGAAACGCCUGUACGUUGUUUCAGCAGUGUGUCUGGUCUUCAUCGUGGGCGAGAUCAUAGGUGGGUAUUUUGCUGGAAGUCUGGCUGUAAUGACAGAUGCCGCCCACCUGCUUGUGGACCUCACCAGCUUCAUCAUCAGUUUGUGCUCGCUGUGGCUGUCGUCCAGACCUGCUACAUGCACUCUCAGUUACGGCUGGCAUCGAGCAGAAAUCUUGGGUGCUCUGCUGUCUGUUUUCACCAUUUGGCUGGUGACUGGUGUGCUGGUGUAUCUAGCAGUGGAACGGCUCAUUCAUAAUGACUUCACAAUUGACGGCACAAUCAUGCUGAUCACCUCUGGCUGUGCUGUACUGGCCAACAUCAUAAUGGCCUUCACUCUGCAUCAGUCAGGUCAUGGCCAUAGUCACGGUGGUCUGAGCGGCGGCCACAGUCACGACCAUGGGAAGGAAAAAGGCCACAGUCACGACCAUGGGAAGGAAAAAGACCAUAGUCACGACCAUGGGAAGGAAAACGGCCACAGGGAUUCUAACGCUAACCAUUGUGACACAGAGGAGAAUGGAUCUGGUAAAAGACAACAAGCUAAUGCUAGCGUCAGGGCAGCAUUCGUCCAUGUGAUUGGAGACCUUCUACAGAGUGUCAGUGUGCUCGUCAGCGCGCUCAUCAUCUUUUUUAAGCCUGAAUAUAAAAUUGCAGAUCCCAUCUGCACCUUCCUGUUUUCUAUAUUUGUCCUGUUAACCACAUUCACUAUCUUGAGGGACAUAGUCAUCGUCCUAAUGGAAGGUACACCGGCUGGUGUGAACUAUAAUGAGAUGAGAGAACGACUGCUCGGAAUCAAAGGUGUCAAAGCUGUGCACAACCUUCACAUCUGGGCCCUGACAAUGAACCAGGCUUUGCUCUCCGUUCAUGUGGCUAUAGAAGAUACCGUAGAGCCACGGGUGGUGUUGAGAGAAAUAACCAAGGCCUGUUUCACAACAUACAGUUUCCAUUCAGUAACCAUUCAACUGGAGCAUCAGGCGGACCAGAGGGCUGACUGCAGCCUCUGUCAAAACCCCACAAAGUGAAACAUCCAGAGACUUAACAUUAAAGGGAUACUCCACCCCAAAAUUUUGUCAUUAAUCACAUUCCCCCAUGUCGUUGCAAACCCAUAAAAGCUUCGUUUGUCU